CAUAAAUACAGGCAGAGAUUGUGAACACGCUUGUGGUCAAAUAAAUAGUAACUGCUAGCAAGUGAAACAGUCCGCAGUAUUCUGUAAUAUGAUCAAUGUCUGUGCAGUAAAGUCAUUCACAACACAAGAGGGGAGUGGUUGGAGCAUGCGCUUUAGCAAAGCAACAAGUGGCAUGUCAGUUUGUUACAGAGGAACUGCGGAACGUGUGCUGACGUCACGGCUCCAGCCAGGUGGCAUUCCAAGUGGAGAGAGAGGACGUGGAGUCACAAUCAGAAUUCCAAAUCAGAAUGCAAGUCAGAAUGUGAGGCGCGCGUGUUGUAAAUUUGAAUCCUGCAAGCUACGAUCCUCAGUCACACACAUUUUGCGCGGCACAGGAGAUCAAGCAAAAGAAGAGCUGUUAGUUGCAAAAUAGCAGGGUCGAUAAGGAGGAUUACAGAAAGAGGGACUCAGAACAAGAAAAAAGGACCGAAAAGGGCAAUCAACAUGUCUUCUGCACAAGUGUCUUCGUCCAGGAGACAGUCGUGCUACCUUUGCGAUUUGCCCCGCAUGCCGUGGGCUAUGAUUUGGGAUUUUACGGAGCCAGUCUGUAGGGGUUGCGUUAACUAUGAAGGCGCGGAUCGGAUCGAGUUCGUGAUAGAAACUGCACGGCACCUGAAGCGGGCUCAUGGUUUUCAGGAGGGGAGAUCCCCCGGACCACCACCGCCGCCCGCAGUAAAAGCUCAAGCAGCAAUGUCAUCCAAAGAGACCGUUCAGCUCAACCACGUGGACGGAUCGUCUAAACAACAGCAACCGGGGAUGGACCGCUACUCCCUCAAUACCGAUAGACCACGUUUUGAUUACCCGGGCAUUAGCGCCCAUGCUGGCAGGCUUCCGAACGGCCUGAGUGGACCAAAUGGUUUCCCAAAAACGGACGAUGGGCCCCCUGAACUGAACAGACAAAGCCCAAAUUCGCGAAGGAGCCACGGUCUGGUUGCAGUCCCCGGUCAAAUGACCGUGCCUCCAAAUCUUCUCCCGCAGACAAUGCUGAAUGGCCCGCCUGCUGCAGCGGCCAUUGCUCCGCACGGUCUGGCGAACCGACCACCUCCGUCAUCCAGCAUGGGACCCGCGCUGUCCAUGGCUUCUCAGUCCAUGUCGGACGUGGGCAAAAGACCGGGCUCCGUUUCCAGCACGGACCAGGAGAGAGAUCUGAAGGAGAAACAACGCAACGCCGAAGCUUUGGCUGAACUGAGCGAAAGUUUAAGAAACAGGUCCGAGGACUGGGCAAACAAACCGAAACUAGUAAGGGAGACUUUGAUUACUCUUUCAAAUAGCACUCCUUUUAAUGUGAGGUUUAAAAAGGACCAUUCUCUCGUGGGCAGAGUGUUUGCUUUCGAUGCCAUCUCAAAGCCAGGAAUGGACUAUGAGUUGAAAAUAUUUAUUGAGUACCCCAGUGGAUGUGGAAACGUGUUUUCCAGCGCAUCUGGUGUCGCUAAACAAAUGUAUCAAGACUGCAUGAAAGAUUUUGGUCGAGGGCUUUCUUCGGGUUUCAAAUAUUUGGAGUAUGAGAAAAAGCACGGCUCUGGAGACUGGCGCCUUCUGGGCGAUUUAUUGCCCGAGUCGGUUCGUUUCUUUAAAGAGGGAUUGGGUACUGAGAUGUUGCCCCAGCCGUACAUCGAUGCCAGCUGCCCUUUGUUGCCUACUGCUUUGGUGAAUAUCCCUCGUGCCUUGCCAGCAGCUAGUGCUCCGAGGACUGGCAUGAGAAAACGCAAGGCGUCUCCUGAACCCGAUUCCGCAGAGGGGGCUUUGAAAUUGUCCGAAGAACAACAAAGGCAACAGUGGAUGGCUAGCCAGAGCGAGGCUUUGAAACUGACGAUGACAUCUGGUGCAUUCGGAGCCUCCCACGGGGUACCCCCGCCACUCGGACCCAGCCACCCUGUGCAUUCCAGCAGGACAACCCCUCCCGAGACUGCCCCUCAGAACGGACAGUCCCCCAUGGCAGCCCUCAUGUCUGUCGCAGAUACCCUUGGCAACGCGCAUUCUCCAAAGGACAGCAACUCCGUUCACUCAACCACGUCCACGCGACACAGCAGCAGCAGCCCAGUUUCCCCAGCCUCUAUAUCGGGUCAGCGGCGCUUGGCGUCUCGCAACGGAGAAAUGAACCUGGCCGGUGCACCGACUCAAUCCAGCACCCACCCUGGCAUGGAUCAAGGUCACCCUCAGAGCAUUCCAGACUCGCCCAUGGCUAAUAACGGGCCACUGUGCUGUACCAUUUGUCACGAACGUUUGGAAGAUACCCACUUCGUUCAAUGCCCGUCAGUUCCCAACCACAAAUUCUGUUUCCCUUGUUCUCGAGAGAGCAUCAAAGCACAGGGAGCCACUGGCGAGGUGUAUUGCCCUAGCGGAGAGAAAUGCCCCUUGGUAGGUUCAAAUGUGCCUUGGGCGUUCAUGCAAGGUGAGAUAGCAACCAUUUUAGCUGGGGACGUUAAAGUAAAAAAGGAGAGAGACCCUUAGAUGUAUGCUUCCUUCUUAAACGCUUAACGAGUCAAGUAUAUAUAUCCAUGUUGUGAAUAAACUGACAUGAUUAGUCUUAUGUACAGAGACGUUACUUUCUUCAUAUGUUUCUAUAUUUUGAAACAAGGGUACAAUUCUACUUCAUUUGGAGGAGGAAGCCGUUUUAGUUGUCAGACGUUAUUGACUGGUUACUGAAUAACAUUUAAUUUCUAUGGCAGUUUGUUGUCUAGGUACAAAGUGAAAGCACUUAGCAAUUACUGCUGUUUUUCCAUGCACUUUUAUUGAUUACCAAGGCCAGUGUUGACACUCAUAAAAUACAAACCUAUUUUACAAAAGUGACAUGUUAGUUAAACCCCAAAUUCUGGAAAAAAAAAAAAAAAACUAGGUUAGGGGGUGAGACAAAGGGGGUAAUGCUUUCGUUUAUUUCUGCUCUUUUGAUUUUAAUUUUGGGUUGUGUUGUUUACCAGGGUAAUGUUUAUUUUAUCUUGUGAUCUGAGUAUACGAGUAUAUUUUACUACGUGUUUUUUUCUUUUUAAUCUUUCUCUCCUUUUUUGCUUUAUUGAUUUAUUGAUGCACGGAUGCUUAAGAGUAGAGCAAAAUGCUGUACAUGAACAUAUUAUGCUCUGUUUGUUUAUACCUUUCUGUAGUAACAGAAGACUGUAACGUGCCUUGGAGCUGAGUAAAUUGUAAUAAAUUCCAUUGAUAUUAA